AUGGUGACAGAGAAGGAGGUGGAGGCCAUCGGCCGGACACUGGUGGACGCGGCCCAGCCGCUGCCUGCCCGGUUCCGGGCCCUUUUCACCCUCCGCAACCUGGGCGGCCGCGCGGCCGUGGACUGGAUCAGCCGGGCCUUCGGGGAUGGCUCUGCACUGCUGAAGCAUGAGCUGGCCUACUGCCUGGGCCAGAUGCAGGACGAAGCGGCCAUCCCUGUGCUCAUCCGGGUGCUGGAGGACACCAGCCAGGAGCCCAUGGUCAGGCACGAGGCGGGUGAAGCUCUGGGUGCUAUCGGGAAUCCUGAUGUGCUGGAUAUCCUGAAACGCUAUUCAGAGGAUCCUGUGGUUGAGGUGGCAGAGACAUGUCAGCUGGCAGUGAGGAGGCUGGAGUGGCUGCAGGAGAACAAGCAGGAGCCGAGCCGCAGCCCCUACCUCUCUGUGGAUCCUGCUCCCCCUGCCGAGGAGACGGACGUCGCCAAACUCCGCGAAACCCUCCUGGAUGAGUCGUGCUCGCUGUUUGACCGCUACAGGGCCAUGUUUGCCCUGCGAAACCUGGGGGGACAGGCUGCUGUGCUGGCACUAGCAGACGGUCUGCGCUCCGGCAGCGCCCUCUUCCGCCACGAGAUCGGCUACGUGCUGGGCCAGAUGCAGGAUGAGGCCUGCGUCCCGCAGCUGACGGCCACGCUGCGCAGCUGCACCGAGAGCCCCAUGGUGCGCCACGAGUGCGCCGAGGCCCUGGGCUCCAUCGCCCGCCCCUCCUGCCUGGAGACCCUGCGUGCCUUCGCUCGUGACGAGGAGCGGGUGGUGCGGGAGAGCUGCGAGGUGGCGCUGGACAUGUACGAGUACGAGAACGGCGCCCAGUUCCAGUAUGCUGACGGGCUCUGCAAACUGCAGGCCUCUGCCUGAGCCCUGGCUUGGGGGGGGCGCGGGCUGGGCGCGGUGCCUCCCACCCCCCUGCCAGCUGCGCUUUCAUGGCCGCCUCCGUCGACAUGGAUCUAUGCCUUGCUGUGGCGGAGGUGGAACUGGAUUUGCUCACUGGCACGAUUACAGACACCUUCUCCCUCCAAAUCCAGGCUGAGCUGCUACUUGCCCCCCGCCACCCCCCUGUUUCCUGGAUCUGCCCCUCUUUCCCUGCCAGGAUCAGCACUGCCUGCCCGCAGCCUGGCUCGGGGCUUGGACCGGGUGGGCUCCGCUCUGCACGUCGGAGCCUGUCACGGCUGCGUGGGGCCCG